CUUCUUCUCCGUGUCUGACUCUGCUUUCAGCAGAGAAAGCACACAGAGAGAAGAAGAAGAAGAAGACCAAGAAGAGGAACGAAACGAAACGAAACGAAACGAAACGCAUGAACAAACCCUAAACGCUCGCUAACAAUGGAGUACCAAGCGUCCUCUGCUACUAUCUCCAAGAAACUCUCCAGCGGCCAUAGCUUCAGCUCAAAAUCCAUAUACGACGGCGUUUUCUCCGCAACUUCGUCGAAGUUCGGGGCUCCGAACAUCUCGUCUCGGAUUCAGGACUACAGCGAGAUAUUCGGCGAAGCUUCUCGAGCCUGCUCGAUUCCGAUUCUUGAUAUCCCAGCGCUGAAUGAAAGAAACGUUUCGGCUGAUGAUGCUGAUGCUGAUGCUGCUCGGAGCUCGAAACUCGAUUACUCAAAUGUUUUCGGUGGCUUUGAAGAGUUCGAUUAUGCUGUUUCGUAUGAGGAACUCAUCUCUGAGCCAAAGAAGAAGAAGAAGAAUAGCUCUUCUCAGAAAGCGCGGAGGACUCCAGCUGAAAGAGGACCACCUUCGAAAGUGGAGGAUCAUUUGGAUUCCACAAAAGUUGUGACAGAUCUUCCUGCUAGUGGUGACAGAUCUUCCCAUGAGGCAUCUUAUCAGUCAUUUGAUAGUGUGAAGAAGUACAACAUGUCAUACAAUAAAGUCAAUCAAGGAGGAAAAAAUGGGACAAAUGUAACAACCCACAUAGCUCAGCUUCAUGCUGUUCCUGGUUAUACACAUUUAAUUGAAGAAAGCACUCCUUUGCAAAUGGCUGACGGAAAUAAGCCAGUGACCUCUGCAGUAAAUGAUGUGUAUCUUAACAAAAAAGUCAGCGAUGGGAUUACUGAGGGCAUGCAUUCCAGAAAAGUUGUGACAGAUCUUCCUGCUAGUGGUGCUGGCAAACAGAAAUCUAGAGGUGGUGUUGCACUUCAAAAUAAGUCUGAUCGGCGUAGGUCCAAUUCAAUUGAUAUGCAUGAAUAUCACCAUGGAGCACAUUCUGUGAAAGUUUCACGAUUUUCAGGCCCACUGCCUAACUUGUGUGAUAUGCGUUUGAUUGAUGAAAGCACUCCCUUGCAGAAGACUGACAGCAAUAAGCCAGCAACCUCUGCCAUAAAUGAUGUGUAUCUUAACAAAAAUUUCAGUGAUAAGAUAACUGAAGGCAUUCAUUCCACAAAAGUUGUGACAGAUCUUCCUGCUAGUGGUGCUAGCAAACAAAAGGCCAGAGGUGGUGUUGCACUUCAAAAUGACUCUGAUCAGCGUAGGUCCAAUUCAAUUGAUAUGUUGUUUGGUGCAAAUGAAUAUGGCCAUGGAGUACAUUCUUUGAAAAAAGUUUCAAAAUUUUCAGGCCCACUGCCUAACUCAUGUGAUACACAUUUAAUUGAUGAAAGCAGUCCCUUGCAGAUGAAUGACAGCAAUAAGGCAGUAACCUCUGCUGAAAAUGAUGUGCAUCUUAACAAAAAUUUCAGUGACAGGAUAACUGAAGGCAUUCAUUCCACAAAAGUUGUGACAGAUCUUCCUGCUAGUGGUGGUAGCAAACAGAAGUCCAGAGGUGGUGCUGCACUUCAAAAUAAGUCUGAUCAGCGCAGGUCCAAUUCAAUCGAUAUGUUGUUUGGUGUAAAUGAACAUGUUCAUGGAGCACAUUCUUUGAAAGUUUCACCAUUUUCAGGCCCACUGCCUAACUCAUGUGAUCCACGUUUAAUUGAUGAAAGAAGCCCCUUGCAGAUGAAUGACAGCAAUAAGCCAGUAACCUCUGCGGUAAAUGAUGUGUUUCUUAACAAAAAUUUCAGUGACAGGAUAACAACUGAAGGCAUUCAUUCCACAAAAGCUGUGACAGAUCUUCCUGCUAGUGGUGCUAGCAAACAGAGGUCCAGAGGUGGUGCUGCACUUCAAAAUAACUCUAAUCGGAGUAGGUCCAAUUCAAUCGAUAUGUUGUUUAGUGCAUAUGAAUAUGGCCAUGGAGCACAUUCUUCGAAAGUCUCCCCAUCUUCAAGCACACUGCCUGACUCAUGUGAUAGCAAGGGUGCUUCUAAGAGACCAAUGGCUUCUAAGUCUGGUUUUUCCAGAACUGACUUUGAAAGUGCUGGACAUGUUUCUUCACCACCAUGCUUUGAUGAGGAAGUAGAUGUAAAUUCAGUUGCUGCUGCAUCUGUGGCUGCUUUGAAAAAGGCAAUAGAGGAGGCUCAAGCAAGAAUGAAGAUUGCAAAAGAAUCAAUGGCAAGAAAGAAGGAAGGCUUUCAAAGUCAUGUGAAACUGAGCUCUAAUGAUGGUCUGAAAGCUGAGCAGAGAAGGGAGGGCAAAAUUGCAGACAAGGCAAACCGAUCCAAAAAGAAGGAUUUAUAUGAAAAAGAGGAUGCUCCAGUGCAAGAUUCUGCUGGUAUGAGAAAGCAAAACAUGGAGAGAGCAGGUCAUGUAACUCCAGACUUCAGAGUCAGGGAAAAAACUCUUGGCACUGAAGCAGCUGUAGGAGAAACUUGUGAGAGGGAAUUGAAACCAACUCAAGCAGAUCAUAUGCAGGAAGCAGCAGAAGUUUGGGAUGCAGAAGAACAGUUUUAUGAAUUUGAGACGGUAGUUAAACACAAAGAAACAAUGUUGGAGUUUGAGCAGGCAGAUAAGACAAAGAAAGAGUGCUUUGAGAAGCCAGAAGAAUGUAGCCAGAGAGCAAAUACAUUUGAGGAGGCUUGUAAGCAAGAGAAGAUAGAACAUGUAGGCGAAUUAAAAUCAGUUCAACAGGUUUUUGAUCUGGAAGAAAAUGAGAAGAGAUUAAGAGUAGUACAGGAGCAAAAUAAAUCUGAGAAGAAAGUUGAAGUAUCUCAUGAGCAGGAAAAAUGGGAAGAGACACUAACUUAUUUUCACGAACCAAUGAAUUAUGUGGAAACUAUUGAGACCCAAGAGCUUGAGAAAAAUGAAAACGUGAAGAGGCAGAUAGAGGGUCAAGAGUGGGUACAAAAUGUGAAGAAAGUAGAAGCAUCCCAUGAACAGGAAAUUUUUGAAGAGACGCUUACAGAUUUUCAAGAACCAAUGAAUUUUGUGGAAAAUAUUGAGACCCAAGAGUUUGAGGAAAAUGAAAACAUGAAGAGGCAGACAGAGGCUCAAGAGUGGGUAGAAAAUGUGAAGAAAGUAAAAGCAUGCCAUGAACAGGAAACUUUUGAAGAAAAACCAGGAGAUCUUCAGGAACCAAUAAAUUUUGUGAAAAACAUUGAGACCCAAAAGUAUGAGGAAAAUGAAAUCAUGAAGUGGCAAAUUGAGGCUCAGGAGUUGUUAGGAAAUGAAAAGAAAGGAAAACUGGUUUGUGAGGAGGAAGACAUUGAGAAGGAAAACAUCGAGACCCAAGAGUUUGAGGAUAAUGAAAACAUGAAGAGGCAAAUAGAGUCUCAGGAGUAUAUAAAAACUGAAAAAAAUGCAAAAGAGGCUUUUGAGGGGGAAGACAUUGAGAAGGAACCAGAGGAUGCCCACAAGCGAGAAGACACUGAGGAGGCUUGCAAACUGGAAAUUGGCAAGGAGCAGAAAGAUGCCCUCAGGGAGGAAGAAACUGAAAAGUGUAUAGACAAAAUUCAUGAACAGUCAAUAACUAAGAUAAGAUUUAAUGACUUCCCCAAUGAAGAAGAAACUAGGAAUAGUCUUCAAGAUACUGAUGAGUUGGAAGGGAACGAGAAGCUUCAAGAAGCUGGAGAAAAUGAGGAGUUAUUUAAAGGUGAUACUGAUCAGAUUGAAGAAAAAGUGGAGAGACAAAAUGAGAUUUACAAAUGGAUAGAAGAGAAGAGAUUGAAAGUGGCCCAAGAAACUCUUAAUUAUGAGGAGAUCAAUCUUGAGGCAACUGAUAAUAAAUGUAAGCAGGAUGGAAGUGAAAACCUAAGCAAAAGUCAGGAAGCCAGUAGGCAUAUAGAAAAUGAUGGAGAUGUGGAAUUAAUUUUAGAGGUACCAGCACAAGAAGAAGAUGGGAGUACAAUUGAAGUAAAUAAGGCUUUCAUUAAACAGGAGGAGAAUGGAAGACAGACAGAAGCAGUUAAAGAUGAAAAGGUCGUGAAAGAGGCCGAACUAGCUCUUCAUCAGGAGAAAAGUCUUGAGGCGACUGAUGGUGGGUGCGAGCAGGAUGAAAGCGAGAACAAAAGCAAAGAUCAGGAAGUGAGCAGACAUAUAGAAAAUGAACAAGCAGUCAAAGAUGAAAGGGUGGUGAAAGAGGCCGAACAAGCUCUUCAUUAUGAGAAAAAUGUUGAGGGAUGUAAGCAGGAUGAAAGAGAGAACCUAAGCAAAAAUCAGGAAGCAAGCAGACAUAUUGAAAACAAGAAAGAUGUGGAAUUAAAUCCAGAGGUGCCUGUACAUGAAGAGAACAGGAGUACAGUAGAGGUAAAUACAGCUUCCUUUGAACACAAAGAGAAUGGAAAAGAGACAGAAGUAGUUAAAGAAGAAAAUGACAUUGAGGAUAAGGAGAUACUUGAAACAGAUGGUUUUCCUCAAGAUGCCUUUAUACACUCUGAGAUGAAGCAGCAAAUGGAAGAUACAAUAAAGACCAUUGUUUUUUACUUGAAUGGGGUAGAUUUUGUUAAAACUGACAUGAGCUUUGGGCAAAAACAACCUGACCAAAAUGCGGAAGAACAAAAAAUAGUCUGCAAUCUGGGAAGGAACAUUGAAGAAAUGGAUCCUGAACUGGGGGAAAUUUAUGAGAAUGUCAAGGAAGUUGAAUUUUCUGCAGAUCAGGAAGAAGAAGUGAAUAUUUCUACCUCUUCUCAUGAGGAUAGAUGGGAUGAUGAUAAGAACAAACUGAACCAAACUGAGCAACCCAGCUUGAUUGAAGGCGAAAGAAAAAGUAAGGAAACAACUGAGGAGAUCAAAAUAACCCAGAUUACCAACAAAUGUGAGCAGAAUCAUCAAUCAACCCUGACAAUGGAAGAGAAGGAAAGUAAUGAUACUUUGCAAAAGGAAGUGGAAUUGGAAAAGGAGCACCUUAAAAAAAUAGAUGAAGCAAAAGAGAGGGAGAAGGAAAGAGAAAGAGAGAAGAUGGCUGUUGAAAGAGCCAUCCGUGAAGCUCGUGAAAGGGCAUUUGCUGAAGCCCGAGAAAGAGCAGAAAAGGCUGCUGCGGAGAGAGCAGCUGCUGAAACUCGUCGAAGGGUAAUGGCAGAGGCCCGAGAAAAGUUGGGGAAGACUUCUGCUGAGGUUAAUGAAAAGUCGGCAGCUGAGAAGGCUGCUAUGGAAGCCAAACUUAAAGCUGAACGUGCUGCUGUAGAGAGAGCAACUUUAGAGGCUCGAGAGCGUGCCCUAGAAAAAGCACUGUCUGAGAAGGCUGCAUUCAAGGCAAGAAACCAGGCUGAAAAGUUUGUUGGUGAGAAACUUUCUGGUGCUUCCAGAGAUAAUGGAAUGAGGCAGAGCUUUUCGGCCAAUGAUCUACAACAAAGAAACUCAUGUCCUACCAGCAAUUCAAGAUACCCCAAUUCUUCAAGUCAUGGUGGCGGGUCAUAUUCUUCCCACUCUACUGAGAGAUUUGAUGGAUCUAAUGGUGAAUCUAAUGGUGAAUCAGUUCAGAGGUGUAGAGCCAGGUCUGAGAGGCAUCAAAGAAUAGUAGAACGCGCAGCAAAAGCUCUUGCAGAGAAGAAUAUGCGUGAUCUUCUUGCACAGAAGGAGCAAGCUGAGAGAAAUAGAUUAGCAGAAGCACUUGAUUCUGAUGUCAAAAGGUGGUCGAAUGGGAAGGAAGGGAACUUGAGGGCAUUGCUUUCAACCCUACAAUAUAUACUUGGGCCUGAUAGUAGUUGGCAGCCAAUUCCUCUAACAGAUAUUAUUACGACUAAUGCUGUAAAGAAAGCUUACCGUAAAGCAACUCUUUUUGUUCACCCUGACAAGCUGCAGCAGAGGGGUGCAAGCAUUCAGCAAAAGUACACUUGUGAAAAGGUUUUUGAUCUUCUAAAGGAGGCUUGGAAUAGAUUCAAUGUGGAAGAACGGUAGAUAGUUUUAGUAUUAUAUCUCCUAAACUAAGUAAUACAAUUCAUAAACAAGUUGUAGGCAGUUUUUUUUCCUCACUUGUACAAAUUCUGGACACAAGUUGUAACCCUGCAAGUUGUAACCCCAUGAAAUAGCAUAGAAUGAGAUGUCUUUUGGUAAAGAAA